AUCUCAUCCCGUUUGAUACGAACUUUCCGGCAAACCGAACACGACCCUGCGCCACGGAUUUAUCCAUUUCUUUCCUUUUUCUUUUCAUUUUCCUUUUUAAAAUUAUUUUUUGACGACUAGCGAAUUAUCCAUUUCGCGAUAUUCGGUAUCUAUAAAUAUAUAUAUCCAUUCACAAAUAUCAUCGCAAGCAUUUGUGAAUUUUGAAUUUUUGAUUAUUUUGUGCCGAGCUUCUUCUCUGUUCUGAUAAUCUUUUCCUCUGUUUUCACCUUUCGUGUUUUUGAUUCAAAUUCAUUUUAUGUUCCCUAGAACUAGGGUUUUCUGCGCAUCAAAAAUCGAAAGGAAAUGUCUGGAAGAUUGAAGGGAUUUACUUUGAGCAAAAGCGAAGUGGAAGCGUAAUUGCUGACGCAAAAGAGCUCAAAGUUGCUGUUCUCUUUUGUAAGCGUUUGGAAACUCAUUCGAUUUGGUCUGGUCUGGAUUUGUCUUUUUUGGGUUGCUGUUGUGUUGUUGGGAUAUUCUUUAUCUUGUGCUUGAGUCCCGCGUGGUUGAGAUGUGAAGAAUUUGCUUGUCGGACGAAGAGUUGAUUGAUUUUGGGAUAUGGAGCUUAAGGGAACGUUUGUGCCUCAAUUUCGAGUUCGAUUAAUGCCGCAGAUAGCUCACGCGCUCUCCAAGCGGACUCAGGGGUUUACGGUUAAAUCAUCCUUCGGGGAGACUUUUCCUGUUUUGCACUCAAGAUGUAAAACUCUUGAAGUUCAUUGUGAUAAUAACCAGAGUGUUAGACAGUCGGCUGUUUCUAAUAGUGAUAGCACAAGGCUGCCCGAGCUUUCUUUCAAUCGGUUACAACUCAGUGACCAGGAAUAUUGUGGAUUGCAAAGGCGAAAUUUUGGCCGAUAUAUUGCCCGUGAAGCGGUGUUGGAUGAAGAAUAUUGGACAGCAGCAUGGCUGCGGGCAGAAGCCCAUUGGGAAUCUUUAUCAUAUAUGCGGCAUGUUGAUAAUUACAAAAGGAAGUAUGCUGAGCAGGAAUUUUAUGCUCUGAAAAGACGAUGCUCUGGGCAGGAUGGAAAUUCAUUGAAGUGCUUAUGUUUUGUCGCAGUUAAGAAGGGAGAUAAAAAUGUAAGAAGAACUGUUUUAAACAGUGUGGUGGGUACCCUGGACCUAAGCAUCCGGCAAUAUCUGCGAGGCGAAACAUACCCAGGCGAGCUUAAAAAGUCUUCUGUCGUAUUGGCAAGCCAAAAGCCAUUUGAUGCACAUAAAUAUGCUUACAUUGCAAAUGUUUGCGUCUCAAAGUUUGCUCGCCGUCAGGGAAUUGCAUUGAAUAUGCUUAAUUUGGCAACUGACAUUGCCACCUUAGCAGGUAUGAAACAUCUGUUUGUUCAUGUAAAUGUGGACAACAAGCCAGCUCAAGAACUGUACAAAAAGACUGGUUUCAAGGCUGUAAAUUCUGCUUCAUCUCCCUUGCCAAAAGACCAAAGGCUUCUCAUGUCAAUGGAACUUUAGGGCAUGACAUGCAACUGGCUCUUUUUCAACGCCAGGUUUAUGCCAUGGGUAGAUUGUUAAAUUGAUGUCCUUCCCUACAACAACAACAACAACAACAACAAAACCGAGCCUUAAGUCCCACUAGGUGGGGUUGGCUAUAUGAAUCCUUCCCUAAUGAAGAAAAAAAAUCAUUCGUUUUUUUUUUCUUCUGCUUUGUUGUAAGCUUAUAUUUUCUAUUGAUAUAAAUUAUAAUGUAUGCAUGCUUGGAUUGGUGCAGUACUAUAGGAAUUGUAUAAAACAAUGUAAAUAUGCUAUAAUCUUAUGCAUAUUGGUUCUUAAUUGUUACUAUUAUAAAUAAUAAUUGAUGAGGCUGUGGUUAUGAGCUUCUACUA